CUUGUGCUGCAACUGAGUCUUCAGAACCAGCUGGCGGCCCUGGGGGAUGCAGCCCCUAGCCUAGCCGCGGCUUCCUUCUCCCUGGCCUCCGCCCUCCAGCUCAACCUUGUCACUCAGAUUCUCAACAGCUACAUCCAAUUCGAGGUCUCCCAUGGCCCUUCCGACGUGGCAUCCAUGCAGCUGUCCAAGUCCCGGGUAACCGACGGAGAAUGGCACCACGUGCUAAUAGAACUGAGGAGUGCCAAGGAGGGCAAGGACAUCAAAUACCUGGCCGUCAUGACCUUGGACUAUGGGAUGGACCAAAGCACAGUGCAGAUUGGGAACCAGCUUCCGGGGUUGAAGAUGCGGACUAUCGUCAUCGGAGGUGUGUCUGAGGACAAGUUAUCCGUGCGCCAUGGUUUCCGAGGCUGUAUGCAGGGCGUGAGGAUGGGGGAGACGUCUACCAACAUUGCCACCCUGAACAUGAAUGACGCCCUCAAGGUCAGGGUAAAGGACGGUUGUGACGUGGAGGACCCAUGUGCCUCAGACCCCUGCCCUCCACACAGCCACUGCCGUGACACCUGGGAUAGCUACUCCUGCAUCUGCGACAGAGGGUACUUUGGAAGAAAGUGUGUGGACGCGUGUCUCCUGAACCCCUGCAAGCAUGUAGCAGCAUGUGUGCGCGCCCCCAACAGUCCCCGAGGCUACUCCUGCGAAUGCGGGCCCGGCCACUAUGGGCAGUACUGUGAGAACAAAGUCGACCUUCCAUGCCCCAAAGGCUGGUGGGGGAACCCGGUAUGUGGCCCCUGUCACUGUGCCGUCAGUCAAGGCUUUGAUCCAGACUGCAACAAGACCAAUGGCCAAUGCCAGUGCAAGGUGAGAGGCCACCAGCCUGUCCCCACCUCCCUUCGACUUGAGCCCAGCAAGCUGGCCAUGCAUGCACG